AUGGCGCACCUACUUCAACAACCUGUGUUCAAGGAUCUUGCAGCACUCGCGGUCGAGUAUGGAGCUCAUCCGUCCCAUGCCGCGGCCACUGUCAUGGAUCGGCUCACAUUGGAGCCCACUCCCUCCCACGGCCUGCAGACGCACGAUGGUGUGCGUGAGUAUUGCUCUGGCGCAGAAGACACCGACGGACACUCCCUCUCAAGACUAGGCCUCUUCGACCGUAUGAGAUCGUCAGCGCAAUCGUCUUCGUCGAGCAGUGGAACACCCGAUGCAGAUGGCCUGUCCAUCGCGACCGAGCAGGAGGCAUCUGAGGAACGCUUGCUCCGCCUCCUGUCGACUGUCGAAUACGGGGCAUCUGCUGGCAUGAGCAUCGACGAUACCAGCAAUUUGGCCCUAAGCUCCGACGGCUGGAGCCUGGAGAGCCCUGGGUCUUCGGCAGAUGAAGGACUGAACGAGUUCUGCGACUUCACCCGGUUUGUACAUAUGUAA